UUGUAAGACGGUCAUAUUUUCAUUUGCUUUAUGAAACUGUUCUUCGAAGAAAUGAAGUUUUUGUUGCAGAAUAGUAAGAUGGGUACCAUGAUGUUUGUGGGUAUGUUGUUAUUGCCAGUGAUUCAUUCUCUUGCAGCCGGCAGCAUUACAGAUCAGGAUGCUCUACUCCAAUUCAGGUAUUCCAUUACUUAUGAUCCUUUUGAUGCAUUAGCUAAUUGGAAUACUAGUAUCUCCUUGUGCAAUUGGACUGGUGUUACAUGCAGCUUGAGGAAUGUAAGAGUUAUUGAACUCAACCUCACUGGUAUGAGUUUAAGGGGUACAAUAUCUCCUUUCAUGGGGAAUUUGUCUUUUCUUGGGCUACUUAUUCUCUCUAAUAAUAGUCUGCAUGGCCACAUUCCACAACAAUUUAGUAGUCUUAUUGGGUUGCAGGAUUUGUCCUUGCAGAACAAUCAGUUAGAAGGUUCUAUUCCCCAUGAGUUAGGCUUACUCACAAGUUUACAGGUUCUUAGGUUAGGAGAGAACAAUGUAACAGGUGCUAUUCCUAUCUCUUUUGGCAACCUCUCAGCCUUGACUAGCCUAGAUUUGGGUACUAAUGAACUAGAAGGUUCAAUUCCUGUGGAACUUGGUAUGCUCACUCAGCUGAACUCAUUGAAUCUGAACUUUAGUAGAUUUACCGGUGCUUUGCCUCCCUCCAUAGGCAACCUUUCUCCCAAUCUCUCUUGGCUUGAGAUUUCAUUCAACAGCAUAAAUGGAAACAUACCUCCACAGAUUACAAAUCUCUCCAACCUGAAUUUCUUAGCUUUAAGUGCUAAUAUGCUAAAAGGGUUCAUUCCGUCGGGAUUUAGAGCCUUUCAAAAUUUGGAACGACUAUAUUUGGGAAGUAACAGAUUAGAAGGAACUGCAAAGACUUGGACUCUUGUCUCUUAG